AUGGGAUUGCGUGCUAAAAUAUUCGUCCUAUAUUUACUGUGCGUCGCGCGCGCGUCCGAGGUGCAGUCGGAGGAAAGCGCAGAGUUCGGGGCCCUGGCGCACGUCGACGAUCUACUGAGAAUCCCUAUACCCCGGGAGGCCGAUGGGGUCGACGGACAGGCCACAGAGACCCCUCGCGACAAGAGAGCUCUCGGCCUCCUGCUGUCGGGCCUGGCCCAGAUUUUCGGUUACACGGUGACGCCGAUUCAGUUCGCCUCGCUGCCAAACCCGAACGUCACGGCGCCCGCCGCGUCCAAGGCGGUCGACGUGAGGCAGCAGACCGCGUCUUCCCAGCCCAAGAACGCCACGGUGCCGAGGCAGCAGGAAACCAUCAGGUUCACCGGCGUGCUGAACCUCGGCAAUAAUUCCGACAUUCUGGGACACCUUCGGCAAUACGAGCAGAUCUUUCACGGCCGUCGAGGUAACGCGACGACGACAGCGCGGCCCUCGAUGCCGCCCGCGAAGGUCCCGGUGGACCCGAGGACGAGCUCGCCGACGAGACCGCCUCUGCUGGCGCCGUUCUUCGUCAAGAUCCCGUUGCCGAUCGCGCCCGAGCUUCUACCGGCUACUAUGUCCCUCGAGGAACUCGGGCUGUCACAUCUAUCCGCGCCGGUUUCCAUGAGCGGCUCGAGCGAGAGUACGGAGGCACCGGUUCGAAAGGAGCAAGAGAUGGUAUACAGGAGUAACGAGGACACAGAACGAUACACGGUGGAGGAGAAAGACAUCUAUGACGAGAAGGACGUGAGGAAACCGAUGGGCAAGUACACUCAUCAAUUGUACGUCGACGAGCCUAGCCGGGACAAGCAGCAGAACGACCGGCGCAACGAGCUGCUGCGCAAGCAAGAAGAGCGCGUCAAAAAGCUGGAGCAGCAGGAGGAGGAAAGGAAUCGCGACAAAGGCGCUCGCUACAACGAGGAGGAAAUGAAGGAGAGACACAGGAACCGCGAGAAGGAGAUCGCCGGCAGAAAUCGUGACCAAGCUUCUUCCAAGCACGAGUCAACGGAAGAGAGGAAACCGGCGCGUGACGACGAGGAGGACGAAGGCUCCGCGGAAAGAUACGAGGAGUACGCCAGCCAGGAAAAUCUCUCGGGCGAGUCCUCGAAGGAACCGUCGAAGGAGGCGAAGGGGCAGAGCGAGGAGUAUCCGAGCUACGACGACGAUUCUAACAGACAGUUCAACGGAUACAAGCGACCGGGAGAUUUGAACAAGUACGUGGAAGGGGGAUACAAUCGGCAGCUGCCUAUCGGCGACUACUUUCACGAGAAUAACCCCGAAGUGAUCCGCGACAGUUACGGCGAGGUGCUGGACAAUAAGAAACUGGAGGACGACAGAAUCGCCGCUUACAUAAGUAUGUUCAAGCAUCCGUACGUUGAAGCGGACGAUUCGCAGAGAGCCCGGCCCGAGGACGCGUCGAGGGAGGAAAUCGGCGGCGGAGAGACGUCCGCCGAGGACGACGGUUACGACGAGCACUUGGCCAGGCUGCAAAAGCUCAGGGAUGAAUACGCCCUGCCGGAGAACAAGUACGAGGAAUACGACCUGAAUGCCGAGAGCGAAGAGGACAGAAGCGACAGGCAGAGCGGCGGAGUCCAAAAUCGCACGACGACGGGAUCGCGGACACCUAGACCGGGACGUCUCCGUGACAAGGAGGACGAGAGGGGACGAAGACCGAGCGGGCCGAGUCGCGACGAAAGACUGCAGGAGAACGCCAGGUCGCGGGAAGAGGACGAUUUCGCGAGAUACAUGCCUCUGGUCGUGCCCGUGCGCUACAUCGACGCGAACGACAGGGUGCAGCAAGCGACCACGCGGCAGCUCAACUACAAAGAGGCGGACGAAUCGACGGACGGCCGGCUGAGCGAGGAUAACGCGGCUCCCACGCGGACGGUCCUCGUGGAGAGCCUGGUUCCGCAGAUCGGCUUGCCCGAAAGGCCACGGCAAUUGCACGAGGGCGAGCACAAAGAGCUGCAGGUGUGGCCGCCGCCUUUCGACUACGCCUUCGACACUACGGAGCCGGCGAACAGCGUCGUCCCGCCAGACUAUUAUCCGCAGAACUACGCCCCGAAAUAUUACCAGCACGUCGUGAAGGGAGUCGCGGCGCAAGACGCGCGUGACAAGUCCUCGGAACAGCCUUCCGGUUACCUCGUGGUCGUUGGUAAUCCGGAGUAUCCGUACCGACAUCCCUAUAACAUUUACUACUUCCCGAACGAAGCGAUAAACCCGCGGAGUCAAGUUCCCCGUCCGAGCGCCGAGGUUACGCGUCCGCUAGACCAAGUCUACGUCGCCCAGCAGAGCGCCAAUCAGCAGAUCGUCCAAGCGAGACCUAAUAGCACCGAGUACAAUCGGAAUGGGACCACGAAUACACCCCGCGACUAUUACUAUCAGUCUCAGAAGGUUCCAGCGAACGAUCUCGAUCGUUAUAAAUAUAUUCAUGGAGAACGCACCGCUCAGGUCGAGGAUCCGAUCAGUAUUGAGGUGAGAAGUCAAAUCCCUAACGCGGAAAACUGGUCGAACCGAAUAUACCGACCGCAGUCGCCGGGCAAUACGGCCGAGGUGCAGUCUCCUCGACCAGUCUUCGCACAGUUACAAAAUAUCAAGCCUUCGAGUCAGAGGACGCAAAACGGACCGCCGGAAAGGCCGCGUCACUCGCGGCUGAGAAGACAAAAGAGCCCGCCGGCGAAAGAGGACCGGCGCGAGGACAAGGAAGAGGCAAAGACUCCGCGACUCGAGGAGACGGACCCUCCUCCGAUCCCGGAGAGCAAACCGUUCGACGAUCCCCAGAGCGCGCACGAUUUCUUCGGCUUCAGCAAGGACGAUUAUAGCUUCGGAAGCGAAAGCGGCGACGCAACGAAAGUUGCCGAGGAGAACGGCAAAACUGCGGGGGAAUCGGACGUGUUCGUCGCACCGGAACCGGCCGCUUAUCACCACGAUGACGAAAGUAUCGUGAAACACGCCGAUGAACCGGAAAAUGAUACGGAGAAAGCCAAAGUCAGAGAGUACCGGAACAAAGUGGCGACCUUGAGAGUGUCGGAACGCCGGCAAUUAAAGCCGAACGGGCCGAUCCACUACGUGGACUUUAUACGCAAUCUCUGAUUGUAACGUUACGUAGAAUUCAAGUACAUUAUUAGUGUGCGGCGAAGCGUUGUUAUUUUGUUCAUUCGCGCAACUAAUGAGACCUACUUCGCGGCACGAGAAAUUCGUCACGUUGUUUUACGUAGCAUCCGCUGCUGACGUUCUCGAGCUGUACUCAAGUUUAAUUUUAACGGUU